AUGCCCACUCGGAUUUCAGUAGAGGAAUCCUCGGUACCGGCAUCACAUCUUAUCGCCAACGGUAAAACUGCCAAGCUGAACGGUCGUCGAGUAGAGAACAACUUCAAUCAGGAUCCGAUACAAUCAAAGUUCACUGAAAUGCCUGUUUCUGACAGUCUGACUGCUGUUGGACUCAAAACUAAUUCGGUAGAUAAUAGCAUUUAUACCAAUGGAACUACCAAUGGUAGCGGCAAUGCUCAGGAUAAACUGGGAUUGAGUACCUCUGGAUCCAUAAUUUCGGCGGUAUCUGACACUAAAACCCAUGUCCAAGAGAAAAAAGUGAAAAUUCCUCCUCGGGUGUUCAAAUCAAAUAUUAUCGAAUCUUAUAAGAUUCCUAAUGAUACUGUUCGGUUAUCUCACGAUCUAUAUGAAGACCUGGCCAGUCCCAAAUAUGUCACUAUACAGUGUCUGACCAAUGAGCUACAGGGUAUUCCAUGGACACUCUUUCGAGCAGAGGUUGACGAGGCUCUGAAUCCAAACACUUGUGCUAUCAAAUCGUCGAUAAACAGCAUCUCGGUAGGCACCAACUCGUCUCAACCUCGGGUGGUCCAGAUCGCCAACACUGAUCCCGUAUAUAUAACCCAUGCUAUUGUCAGUGUGGAUGCUGAAUUCUACCACCAGCAUCAAAAUAACCCUCAUAAUGGCAUACUACUCACGCAACUACGGCAGUCGCAUAUUCUUCGUCAGGGCGAACUCCAUCCUGAAGUCGAUGGCGGUUGUCGUAUUCGAAUUUGUGAACCUGUGGAUCAGGGUCUGUUUGAUCCUGCUAAAAUCAAACUCACUGUUGUCUGUGAUAAUCAUGUUAGCACCGUUUCUCUUCUUUCUCCUAAUUCUAAUGGAAGUAUUGGCAUGAUCCAAAAUGCAUCUUCGGCUUCACUGGAAUCGGACGACUCUCUGGAUGUCGAGAUCUCGAAAUUCCUCGACGUCGAUGACGAUGAAGACCAAGAUAACACACUGGCUGCCAGUAAUGGUCCUUCGGCUACUCUGUCGGUAUCGGUACUCCAAAGACCCAUUUUUGUCGACACCCUGACCCCUACUCCUGAACCGUUCGAUGAUAUGGAAAGCGUGGCUUAUGUUCGCAUUGAACAGCUUGCCAAAAUCGGCAGUUUGUCUGGUGAUAUUGUAUGUUCUAUUUGUUGA